UCAGCUGAAAGAGCUUGGGAGAAGCUGUCCCAGGUCGUUGUACAUGGCGCUGUAUAUGACUCCCUCGAACGCCUGCCCCAUCCGAAAUGUUUGAAGGAUACCCGAAUGAACCUUCUCAAACACAUCUACGGAUUUUUAGACAACCCAGAGAAGAGCCAACUCGUUUGGCUGCAUGGCACGGCGGGCGUAGGAAAGUCUGCUGUCGCGUUCACUGUAGCUGAAAGGAUGGGAGAUCUGGAAGUGACAGAGGAGACGACUGUUACGACACGGCUGGCAGGAACAUUCUUUUUCUCUCGCAAGAAUACGAACCGCCGCACGACUGGAUAUAUAUUCGCGACCCUCGGCUAUCAGCUUGCCAGGAAUUUCUCCUCUGUCCGGAGUGACGUAUCCAAAGCUAUCAUUGAAAGUCCCGCCGUUCUAGAGCCGAGCAGUUCUGUUCGCGACCAGAUGGAGGCGUUGUUUCUUCGACCUCUCCGGAAGCUUCGCCAAAGACAGCAGAAUUGUCCGCCGUUGUCGUUUGUCAUUGAUGCCCUUGAUGAAUGCAUCUCCGAAGCGGAACUCGCUGAACUCAUCUCACUGCUAGGCCAAGCUCUUCGUGAUUCUGAUCUGCCCAAGCUUCACAUUCUGCUCACUAGUCGCUCGGAAGCACAUAUCCGUGAAGCCAUGGGGGAAGAAGGGGUGCAUCCGCUGGUGUGCGAGAUACCGCUGAAAACUUCUGGGGACGGUGUCCCUGACACCAUCUCCUUAGACGGCGCGGACGUCGAUAAUGAUAUCUAUGUUUUCUUGGAUCAUUCCUUCAAAAACCUGCGAGGUCGUCGUCCCGAUUUCCCACAGCCAACGAGGGAUCAACUAGUGCAAUUAGCGACCCGAGCAGGCAGACGUUUCAUUAUAGCGUCUACAAUGAUGAAGUUUAUCGACGAUGGAGACACUGAUCCCCGUGAUCGGCUCCAUACCAUGCUUCACAUGACAAGCGAACUGACAUCAGGAAUGGACGUAUAUCAAUUAUACGACCUCAUUCUCUGUACGUGCGCUGAUCCUGAUCGGGCAUACAUGCACUUGUCCGUUGUUGCCACCCUUGAAGACCCUCUUUCUGCGUCACAAAUAUCAAAACUUCUUGGCCCUAGUCGGGGUCACGAUGUCAAGACAACGCUGGGGCAGCUACGAUCCAUCAUGGAUAUUCCUACCGACCGCGGUCUUCCCGUGAAUAUCUAUCACUCGUCCGUUCGUGAUUAUGUU